GGCUGUCGACAACAAAGUAUGCAGUGACUUGGAACUCCACGGAUUAAAGUGGUCUAGUAUUGACAGUAUGUAGAUGAUAACAAAAAUAUUGUUCCACAGUGCAUGUAUUGUUGCACAAUUAUUUAUGUAAAUAGAGGCUUGAGUAUGUCACAAAACACAUAAAGGAAUACUGGGUUUGAUCAUGACAGAAAGGAAAGAAAAUGCAUUAAAAAGAAUGGCACCUAGUACUGUAAAGAGUGAAAUGCUUACUCAUGAGCUCAACAUAGUAGAGGAAGGGCAUCUAGGAUUACAACCUGUUCCACUUGCUUAUCCCCAUCAGGACAUUAUUGUUGAAGUGCCUCUCAUCAAUGGUGAGCCACCAGCAACAUUGAAUUCUUCAAGAGAAAGUGAUGUCUCAAAUAUCGCGCAGUCUGAGAAAACAUGUGGGGUCUCAGUAGAAACUAGAAACAUCCUACAUCAAGGAAAUGAAGUUAUACAGUGCAAGCAAGAGGAUAAUUUUCAGAGCAUGACUCCGAAAGAAGAGCAGAUCAAAAAACGUAGAGAACAGAACAGGUUUAGAAUGAGAGCACUACGAGCUUCUGAUUCAGAGGUUGCCCUGAGACUUAGGGAACGUAACAAGUUCAGAAUGAGAACGCUUCGUGCCUCAGAUUCACAGGUAGCGCAAAGCCUCAGAGAACGUAACAAGUACCGAAUGAGAGAACUUCGUUCUUCUGAAUCCCAUUUAACCCACAGACUUGUAGGAGGUAGCACUAUUCAUGUAGAUUCUUCUCUAGAUGGAGAAUGCUUGCCAAAUAAUAAGACAAAAAUAGAGCCUAGUAUAGAACAUUGUCAGGAUAUGCAUAUGGCAGGGACUGUUGAUGACUCUUGGAAAGCAGAUCUCAGGGCUGAUAUCAUUAAUAUCUGUGCUGAAGGAAAUAAAUUUCCAUGGAUACAUGUAGAGAAAGGUCCUGUGCACAACAUAUCAUAUGAUGUUCUAGGAUCCCAAGAAAAUGAGAAGCAGGUUGCAUAUGAAGGUUUCUUAAAAAGAGAACAAUCUGUUAAUGGAGUAGUACAUAAAGUUAAGUCACUGUGCUAUGACAUACAGUGUAUUCCGUUAAACAGAAAUAUCUGCAAGCACAAUAUUUAUAACAAGAAUGAACUCCAUGCUCUUGAAAGUGAAGGCAAGGGUAAUGAAAAAUCUGAGAUGGAAUAUAUGGUGGAUGCAGUCAACUGUAUGCAGUGUGAUGGAUUUGUAGUGGGAAGUCAUGAAGUAGGAACGUGUGCAGUUAAUAAUAGCCGGCAACAACAUAAAAAUUUAGGCCCUGUUGCAAAAAAUGAAACUGUUGUGAGUUUUGAUGGGCAAAGUUCAGUCAGAAUGGGAGUUGGUGUCCAUGAUCUAUCCCAGUGUGAAAAAAGAUGUAAUUCACAUUUUUUAACAUUUCAAGGUGAUGUUACAGAACAGACCAAGUUAUUAAUAAAAGAUGUUCCAUCUGAAAUAAGAGAAAUACCUGUAUCUGAAAUACUUGAUCAGGCUGAAAGGCGCAGAGAAAAGGGGAAACUAAGGAUGAGACUUAAACGGCAUACAGAAACAGAAGAAGAAGCCGAGCGGAGGAGGGAAAGGGGCAGAUUGCGAAUGAGAGUAUUGCGAGCUUCAGAGACUGAAGAACAGGCUGCAAGGCGUAGGGAGCUUAACAGAUUGAGGAUGAGAAUGAAGCGGAACUCUGCAAGGCACUGAAGUUGUUCACCUUGUUUCAUUAUGUGGAUGCCAGUCAUUAUUGAUGGACAUUGAGAUUAUUUAAUAAUGAACAUGUUUGUUCACUUAGAGCUUUAAAUUAUAUUGGGUAUAUCCAUCCUAUAAUUUUGACCUUGAAUAUGAACAUAUACAUUUGUCCAGUAAUACUGAAAAUAAAAUAUUCAAUUUUUAUUUUAUA